AUGAUUGAUGAAUCGCCAUUUCAUCUGAAAGGCUCGUUUAUGGGACCAGAGGGGACCCCGUACGAGGGCGGAAAGUAUGAAGUUGAUAUUGUGAUCCCGGAAUCAUACCCAUUCCAACCAGUCAAGAUGAAGUUCUUGACAAAGGUUUAUCAUCCCAACGUUUCCUCGGCUUCAGGCGCGAUCUGUCUAGAUAUUCUCAAGGACGCUUGGUCUCCAGUUUUGACGCUCAAGUCAACAUUGAUCUCGCUGCAGAGCCUUCUGUGCUCUCCCGAACCGAACGACCCACAAGAUGCGGAGGUGGCGAAGCAUUACAUGACGAGUCGAAGUAGCUUUGAGGCUACGGCGCGGUACUGGGCUCAGAUUUAUGCGGGUGCUCCCGGUGACGCCAAGAACCCGAACGUAGAUGAUGAAGUUGCGAUUGCAGGGUUGGAGAAGGCUCACGUCGACCAGUUUGAGAGCCUCGGUUUCCCCCGAACGAAAGUGAUCGAUGUACUUCGACGAUUGAACUAUCGAGGUCCCAAUGUCGCCCAGAUAUCCGACGAUAGGAUAGUAGAAGAGCUCCUCAAGUGA